AUGUCCGUGCAGAGACUGUUCAGACUCUUCGGUGGAAAAAGCUGGAUUUAUCUCUACAGGAUUGAAGUUUGGUCUUUGGGAUGCAUUCUCUACGAGCUCUGUACUCAACAGCCUGCGUUUUCUGCUGAGUCAACAGUCAAGCUCAUCUCAAAGAUUGUCAACAGUUCUGCUCCAGGUCUGGAUAACAAUUACUCUGCAGAGUUCCGUGACCUCCUGAGUGACAUGUUGAACAAAGACCCUGACUCUAGACCAACCAGCCGUGAUAUUUUGGGACGUCCAAUUAUUUUAAGAAGUCUCUUAAAAAAGAGCAAAACGACUGUAGCUUACCUCCAGGCUCAGCUGAACAAGCUAACAGAAGUGGCAGACAGUCUGAAAAAAGUGCAUACAGGCACCACCAUCGGCAGUCUUACAGGAGGAGUGAUCGGAGCAGCAGGUGGGAUCACAUCAUUAGUGGGCCUUAUUCUGGCUCCGUUUACUUUGGGAGCCUCUCUGAUUGUCACUGGGAUAGGGGUUGGAGUGGGUGUGGUAGGUGGAGUCACUGCUGGUGCCUCAAACAUCACAAACAUGGUCAAUCAGUCCUCUAACCGCAAAGCUGUUAAAAGCAUCAUCAAAGAGUUUGAUGAGAAAGUAAAUGCUAUCGCCAUCUGGCUACAAGAGAUUGGCCACAGUUUACAAACUUUGAGUGAACGUUCAUCAUCACAAAUACCCAGUGGACAGGAGAGUUUCCCCGGAGAAACAGAGACAAAGGUAGCUGCAAGGAUAGGUAGGAGCAUAGGCACAGCAGCUUCUGAAAUAGUACGAAAUGUCAGAGUGGCAAACAUUGGCAGAAUUGCAGCCCAAGCUUCCAGGACAGUACGUGUGGCAGAAGUAGCAACUGGUGCUCUCUCUGGUUUAUUUUUGGCAUUUGAUAUCUUCUUUAUUGCCAUGGAUGCCAAAGAGAUUCACAAAAUAAGACAGACAAAUGAAGACGGUGAAACUUCCUCUGAGAUCAUGAAAUUUGUCCACUCUGUCAGAAAGUCUGCAGAAGAGUUGCAGGGAGUCUUGGAUGAGUUUCAAGAAACCAUCUUAGAAGUCGAAUUUCUUGAGGAUGAGACAGAGUUGGAAUGGGACCCUCUUAAAGCAUAGUAAACCAGAGGUUACAUCAUGCCACCCUGCAGAACAGACAAAAAAUAGCCAGUUAAUCUUUCUCCUGAAAAAGUGAUUGUUAAAUGCAUUGUAAAGUCAUGAUUUCUUAUAACUGCUUUCCAUUUCUUAUAAAUGUAGAUACACAAUGCCUUUAAAAAUCUGGACUGUGCCAUGUAUUACAGCAAAAUCAAAUAGAUCAGUGACAUUUGAGAACCGUUUGGUGGAUCUACCAAGCCAGUGAUUUCUCUCUUGAUGUAAAAAUCAUCAGCUGAUCAAAUCAUGUAAUUAUAGAUUCUGAAGUUAUUUCAUAUACUCUUCAAAAUUAUACUUUUUUUUAACAUUUUCUUUCAUUUUGUUGAGUGUUAAUGAGUUUAUUCAUGACAGCACUGCAGGAAUAAAUAUAUGACAGAGCAAAAAGUAACUACUCACUUUAAGACAGCUAGUAACCUGAAAAAAUUGAAUUUUAAAUUGUUGUUUUUAAAUCUACUUCAAAAUCAAAGUGUUUUUUUUCUUUUCAUGUCUGUUUUUAAUCAUUGAUACCUUUAUGUUAUUGUUGCAUAGAAUAAGAGGAUCCUGAUUCAGCUGUUGGAUUUCACUCACCCUGCAUUGAUGUAUUUGAUCACGUACAAAUAAAUAAAAGUGGUGUUGAGAAUUUUGAUGAA